UCUCUGAGGCACAAGCACGCACUCUCUCUCUCUCUCCCUCCCUCUCUCUGCCUUCUUUUUCCUUCCAUUCUGUUUCUCAGGGUUUCUGUGGACAGCUGCAGACUCGUCUCUCUGGUCCUUCGUCUCCCGCCCCUUGGCAUUGUCUCCUGUCUUUACUUGUUAGCAUGGCAGAGCGUACAAUACCUCACGCCUACCCCAUGAGCGUGGACUAUGAGAUGAGCUCUCCCCACCGCAUCUACGAUCAGAACUUCGCAGAAGCCCUGUCCCCCCAGGACCUCCUGGCACCCACACUUUUCCAUGGGUACUACAUCCGCCCACGCAUCAACAAGCAGCUGGAGCGGGGAUUUUCACAGGUGGACAACGAGGACCACUGGUAUCGCGUACAGCUGGAUGUGUGCCAGUUCAUGCCGGACGAGCUGAGUGUGCGCACCGUAGACAACCUGCUUGAGGUGAGCGGGCGGCAUGCACAGCGGCUGGACCAGCAUGGCUUUGUCAGCCGGGAAUUCACCCGCACCUACAUCUUACCGAUGGGCGUGGACCCCCUGCUGGUGCAAGUCAACCUCUCUCACGACGGCAUCCUGUGCAUCCAGGCGCCGCGCAAGAGUGACGACAUCGAGCCAGUCAUCAACCAACUUAAGAUCAACGUGGACAAGAAGGGAGCAAAAAGCUCCUGAGAGGGGAGUCGCAGGGGUGCAAGAAAAGAGCUCAGGAUUAAGCAGAGCUGUAAAUUAUCACCAAGAUGCUGAUUGAAUGAAAAUUUUAUAUGUAGAGACUGAAUUCAUUCUGGUUAAAACACAUAUUGUUCUGUUUUUCUACAAAAUGACAGAAACAUGGACAUUUGUUCAGAUUUCAAGAUACGAAGGCAGUGGGAUCCGUUUCCGCAGAAGACAUUAGUACAGUUCCCUUGAGAUCAAAUACCAUUGGAGUCAUUGUUAAAUCCCAAAAAUGUGCCAUUAACCAGGUUGCGUAAUGACAUCAUGUCUAUACAUUUUGUUCUGAGAUCAUAUUACAAUGAUUUUGUAUAGGGCCUACAGAUUUGAUGCCCUUCUUCCACACAGAGAAAGAGCCACUACCAAGGAGCUUGUGCAAUUAUCAUCGUACAUUGCACUUAAAUAGCUAACUGGGUAAUGUUUUCUCCACUUCACACCCCGCACAGCAAACUAUGGUUGGUGUAUAUUGUGCUGCGGGUCUUAAUUCUCUGCUUUGGCCUGUAAAUUAAAAAAAACACUUUUUCAAGUUGGUUUGCACCUUUCUAGAAUUCAAAAUGCAUUUUGUUUAUGCCCCACUUUCACUUUGACCACUAUAUUAUAUAUUCCAGUUUAUAUUGAUGUUUAUGUCGAC